GGAUAAGAAAGCGCCAGCUUCGAUCCACACUGGAAGGAAGCAAUGCUCCAAGGGCGCCAAGGGUUUAGAUCGCUGCUCCUUAGGUUGUCAAAUUUCCAGGGCUGCCGCUAUGAAUCCGGAUCGGCAGUGGCGGCGCCAACGCUAGCGCCAUCGCCUUCGCUCGAUGGCCGAGAGUUCACAGCCGCCGGGACGGCGUCGACAAUGAGAGCCGCGGUGCUGUGGGAGCCCGGCAAGCCGAUGACGCUGGAGGAUAUGCAAAUGCCUCGGCCGAAAUUUGGAGAGGUGCUGCUCAAGACGAAAGCUUGUGGAGUUUGCCACUCGGAUUUGCACAUCAUCAAGAAGGAUCAGCCGUUCCCCUUGCCAGUAGUUCUCGGCCACGAAGUGACUGGAGAGAUCGUGGAGCACGGUCCACACACGGAUGCUGCUACACUACAAAGGCUCCCGAUCGGUGCACGAGCAGUCGGAGCAUUCAUCAUGCCUUGUGGAGGAUGCUUCUACUGCGUCAAGGGACAAGAAGAUCUCUGCGAGACUUUCUUUAAGUAUAGUAGAGGCAAAGGAGCUCUUUAUGAUGGACAGACUCGAUUAUUCAUUGCGAGCAAUGGAAAGCCGAUUCAUAUGUACAGCAUGGGAGGCAUGGCUGAGUAUUGUGUAGUUCCCUCCAACGCAUUAGCAGUCCUACCUUCUACUCUGCCUUACUCGGACGCAGCGAUAAUGGGAUGUGCAGUUUUUACAGCUUAUGGAGCCGUGAAGAAUGCAGCCAACUUACGUGCUGGCGAAACCGUAUCCGUGAUUGGCAUCGGUGGUGUUGGAUCCAGCUGCUUGCAGUUAGCUCGAGCGUUUGGAGCUCGCCAAGUUAUUGCAGUUGAUGUCGAUGACAAAAAGCUGGAGAACUCCAAGAAGUUUGGAGCAACACACACCGUGAACUCAGCCAAAGUAAAUCCUGUGGAAGCUAUCAAGGAGCUCACCGGUGGAAGAGGAGUCGACGUUGCCAUUGAAGCACUGGGAAAGCCAAAGACCUUCCAGCAAACAGCCAUGAGCGUCCGCGAUGGAGGCCGAGCUGUGAUGGUCGGGCUCGCCUCGUUUGGAACUACGGCCGAAUUCGACAUGGUUCACGUUGUUCGUAGACAGGUGAGAAUCAUCGGUUCUUAUGGAGCUCGAGCGAGACAAGAUCUUCCAGAGCUCGUCACCCUCGCGGAGAUUGGAGCCAUCAAUCUAAGCAGCGGGGUGACGCAGCGAUGUGGUCUGGAAGAAGUGAACCAAACGUUUGAUGCCUUGGACAGAGGACAAAUCCUUGGCAGGGCCAUAGUCGAAUUUAAUUAACCUUAACCUGGUACUUUGUAAUAAACCAUAAUCUUGGAAUAUCCCUUUGCGCUUGAAUUAAAUUAAUCUUAAUCA